AUGCCGUCCUCGCCCAGGAAGGGUUCGCAGCCGGAUGCAGCCCUCGACGUUCGCUUGCCUCAGCUCGAUAAGGCACAACAGCUUGCGGAGCUCCUCGCCGCCGAGCCCGAAAGACUUGCUAAUGGUGACGCCUCCUUAUCCGCGCUGUCGGUAACUGCGCUCAAACAGAUCUUUGACUAUUCGAUCAGCUCUGAAAAGGAUUCGGUCCCGUCCAUCUGCUCUUUCAUCGAGACCAUCAGUCCAAAUUUGGAAUUGUUCGAGCAAAGAGCCUCUCGAUCAGGUGGAAAGCGCAAGCGCGGCACAAAUACCGCUCGUUCUCCUCUCUUCGAAGGCACUCCGCUCGACGAGCUCGUCACUGAAGGCAUGAACUCGGAUCAACUAUGGGAACAGAUCGACCUCAAAGCGAAGAACUUGUCAGGCAUCGUCGAGCGUUACUUUUUGCAGGAUUUCCUUCGAGAAGAAGAAGAGAAUGAUGCCGAAGAAGAGGAACACAACGCGAGAGCUGGUCCAUCUCGCUCGAGGUUGCGCUUCACUCGCCAAGAGGACCAAGACGAUGAGGACGAUGAUGAAGAGGAGGAGGAGGAGGAUGAAGAAGAGGACGGCGACGAUAGCAUGUCCGCUGACCAUGAUGAUGAUGACGAGGACGAGGAGCUCGAUCUGAAAGAGGAACGCGUUCGUCUCAGUCAGCUCAGCGAUGCAGACCUUCGAGCUCUCGGGGUCGACCCAGCGCUACGCGACCAACUUCUGGCUGAAAUUGAUGAGCAAUCCGAAGAUGGCGAUGACUCGGACGAAGAGGGUUCCGCAUAUGCAGGUGCAUCUGACAUUAGCGAUGGUGAUCCCACAGAAGUUUUCUACGAGCCUCUCAAGACGGAGGCCGAACAGCUCAGACGCAAAGAGGAAGAGGAAAUGCGAAUGCUGCCGCGACUUCGUUCUCAAAUUGAUAGCAAUGACGACGCGGAAGAAGACGAAGAUGAGGAAGAUCCUGACGACGAGGAUGAGGAGGAAGAUCGAGAGGAUGGAUCCGACGACGCCGAAGGAUCUCGGUCUUCCAGCAAGAACAGUGCAGGCAUUCCCAAAUCUCUGCUUGAGGACUUGGAUCGACCGGGCAAAGCCACUCAGCGAUCAUCCAAGCGACACCCCACUCUUGACGAUGACUUUUUCUCAAUAGACGAUCUCAACCGUCAGCUCGACGAACAGGAUGCUCAAGAGGAAGCUGACGCUGAUCACGAUGACAACGAUGAUGACGACAUUGCGGAUCAGGUCGACUACUUCAAGCCUAUCAGCGGCGAUGACAAUCUUGACGACGACGAUCAAGAGGACGAGGAUGCAGACCAAGAAACUGGCUUGGUCAAUGCAGCCGAUGCGCACUAUGCAGACUUCUUCUUGCCACCAGCAAAAGCAGCCAAGUUCAACAAGAAGUUCGGCAAGCGUAAGGCAUCCGCUCGAUUCGCGCAAGAGGAUGCCGCCGCCGACCAGAUCGACGACAACGACGACGAGUCUGAUGCCGACCCAGAGCCAGCGGCCGAACGCGUCUACGAGGAGCCUGACCGCAAGCGACGCAUUCGAUUCAACACCACUAUCGAGUACCGACGUAUCAAGCCGCGCAAAAAGUCGGCGGACGAGCUCACGCCAGAAAUGUUGAGAAUGAUUGGUGCAUCAGCCGAUGAUCUCGAUGUCGCCCGCCGUUUUGACGAGGAUGAUGCUCAAGAUAAUGACGAGGACAUGGAAAUGGACAUGGAUGAGGUCGAAUCUGAAACCUCUUCGAUCGGUCGUCAGGGCAGCGAUGACGAAAGUGAAGGUCAAGAUACAGAUGACGAGGACGAAGACCAUACCAGAGAUGACGACGCAGAAGACGACGACGAGGAGCAGGCAUUUACGGAUGGUGAGCAGGACGACGGCAUCCAAACAGCACGCCGCGUGGCUGGUGAUCUCUUUGCCGAUAGUGAUGACGAGACAGAUGCAAAGGACAAGUUGUCGACGCACGAGAAGCGCGUUGCUGCGCUCAAAGACGAGAUUGCUCGACUCGAAGACGAAAAUGUGGCCAAGAAAGAUUGGACACUGAUGGGAGAAGCUGGUUCUCGCGCUCGUCCUCAAGACAGUCUCCUAGAGCAAGAUCUCGAAUUUGAACGUGCUGCCAAAGUGAUACCACAAGUGACCGAGGAAAUGACGGAAUCCAUCGAGGAUCUCAUCAAGCGUCGCAUUCUCGAGCGCAACUUUGACGAUGUUAUUCGUCGGCGCGAGAUGGAAGCACUUCCGUUCCUCCCUUCGCGGCUGCUCGAGCUUUCCGACAGCAAGAGCGCCAAGUCGCUGGCGGAGCUGUAUGAAGAAGAAUACCAAGCAGCACGUGGUGCCGAUGGCGGAGACGGUGCACCCAUGGCCGAAGCCGACGCUAAGCUUGCAAAGGAACACGAAGAGAUCACUAAGCUGUACGACGACAUUUUCAACAAGCUCGAUGCGCUCUCGAAUGCUCACUUUACGCCCAAGGCUCCCAAAGCGACGAUCCAGACGCUUACCAAUGCUCCAUCUGUAUCGAUCGAAUCGGCAUUGCCGGCGACUUCAUCGUCGAGUACCAUGUUGGCGCCAGAGGAGGUGUACGAGCGAUCGCGCCACUCGACAGCAAUGGACGGUGCCAAGUCCGAGAUGACGCCCGAGGAGAAACAGCGGUUGCACAACAAGCUUCGCCAGGAAAAGCGACAGCGCAACGAAAAGAUCCAAGACACGCGCAGGGCGCUAGAACAGUCGGGCCUGGUGCGUGCCAAAAAGGUCAACGAGAAAGAGGAGAAGCAGCAGGCGCUCAAGAAGCUCGUUGGCAACCGUGGCGUGUCGGUCAUUGGCAAGCAACCCAACGCGGUCGGUGCCGGGACGGGCAAGAACGCCAAGAACAAGAGCAAGCCGAUCAACCGAGCUGCCAACGCUUCGGCCAAGCCUACGACGGCCAACCAGUUCAAGCUUUGA